UUAUACUUUUUAUUAUCAAGGAACAUUAACUUUCUCUUUUAUGUUGACUCUACCACCCUCCUAUAUUGGGGAAAGUUUGUCCCUCACCACCAAGAUCCUUCGUUGGAAUUUCUAGUAUGAACAUGUAUACAAACUCAGAGGUGUAAAAUUAUUUCAAGAGAUGAAUGUCAUCAAAACAUCUGUGACAUUCCUCCUCAAGUUAAAGCUAAGUCAUUGUUUAAUCAACUGGUAUACCUUGCCUCAAUGAUCAAGAACCAGCUGUAUCCUACCCUGGCUCCUGUUUAAUGGAUUUCUUCUUCUCCACAGCUCCCAGCAGGCAGCGAAGACUGAGAGUGUUCAUGCUGCUUCUCUGACUCCCUAGAAUGGAUGUGUGUGGCUGGAAGGAAAUGGAGGUUGCUCUGGUUAAUUUUGAUAACUCAGACGAAAUCCAGGAAGAGCCAGGCUAUGCCACAGAUUUUGAUCCAACCAGUUCAAAAGGCUGGCCUGGGAGCAGUCCUUUUUCCAACUGGAGAGUCCUUAUCGGUGACAGCACCAAUCAUGAAACAGCCUUCUCCAAGAUCCCAGGAGAGUAUGUGGAUCCCCCAGGGUCUGAAACAGUGGUUCUGAAUGAAGGAAACCAGCGGGUGAUCAUCAAUAUUGCUGGGCUGAGGUUUGAGACUCAGCUCAAAACCCUCAAUCAAUUCCCAGAGACCCUCUUGGGAGACCGGGAAAAAAGGAUGCAAUUCUUUGACUCCAUGAGAAAUGAAUAUUUCUUUGAUAGAAACCGUCCCAGUUUUGAUGGAAUCCUAUAUUAUUACCAAUCUGGUGGGAAAAUCCGGCGGCCAGCCAAUGUCCCUAUUGAUGUCUUUGCUGAUGAGAUUUCCUUCUAUGAACUGGGUAGUGAGGCCAUGGACCAGUUCAGGGAAGAUGAAGGCUUCAUCAAAGACCCUGAAACACUGCUCCCCACCAAUGACUUCCACCGGCAGUUCUGGCUCCUCUUUGAGUACCCUGAGAGCUCCAGUGCUGCCCGUGGUGUGGCUGUGGUCUCAGUGUUGGUUGUGGUCAUCUCCAUCACCAUCUUCUGCCUGGAGACACUCCCAGAGUUCCGAGAGGACAGGGAGCUGAAGGUGGUCAGAGACCCCAGCAUCAACACAAACAAGACAGGCCUCUCUCAGACCAUGUUCACUGACCCUUUCUUCAUGAUAGAGUCUACCUGCAUCGUGUGGUUCACCUUCGAGCUGGUGCUCCGGUUUGUAGUCUGCCCCAGCAAGACUGACUUCUUCAAAAAUAUCAUGAACAUCAUCGACAUCAUCUCCAUCAUCCCCUACUUUGCAACCCUCAUCACAGAACUGGUCCAGGAGACAGAGCCAAGUACCCAGCACAACAUGUCACUGGCCAUCCUGAGGAUCAUCAGGCUGGUGAGAGUCUUCCGCAUCUUCAAGCUCUCCCGCCACUCCAAAGGGCUGCAGAUCCUGGGGCAGACGCUAAAGGCUUCCAUGCGGGAGCUGGGGCUGCUCAUCUUCUUCCUCUUCAUUGGCGUCAUCCUCUUCUCCAGUGCAGUCUACUUUGCUGAAGUAGAUGAGCCAGAGUCCCACUUCUCUAGUAUUCCUGAUGGCUUCUGGUGGGCUGUUGUCACUAUGACAACUGUAGGCUAUGGUGACAUGUGCCCUAUCACCCCCGGGGGGAAGAUUGUGGGCACUCUGUGUGCCAUUGCAGGCGUCCUCACCAUUGCCCUUCCUGUACCUGUCAUCGUCUCCAAUUUCAACUACUUCUAUCACCGUGAGACUGAGAAUGAGGAGAAACAAAACAUCCCAGGAGAAAUUGACAAAAUCCUCAACAGUGUGGGCUCAAGAGCAGGCAGCACUGACUCUCUCAAUAGGACCAAUGGCGGCUACUCCACAGAGAAAUCCCGGAAGUGAUCAUUUCAGGGCUUCUAGGGUCUCUGAACCUGUUCCCCGCUCCCUCCUCUCACUCACUGUUUUCCCAAGGAACAAAAUUUGUGUUUUGCUUGCAAGUCAUCUCUGACUGUAAGCUAUUUUAGCAAAUCCACAUUUCUUCUGUUUGCUGGACUGUUUCUUCUCAACCCAUUGCAAGAUUUCAUGUCUUUUCCUGUAGAAGUGUACUUCAGUAGCCCCCCAUCAGAAAAGUAUGAACAUCACCUGUGAGUAUGAAAAUAUAGCCAAGCCCGCCUAGACCUACUAAA